AUGGACAUGGAUGAUGAGCCACUGCUGUUUCAGACGAGCUGGGGAGGGGAGGAAGAGGAGGUGGAGCAGGAGGAAGAGGAUGGAGUUGUGCACGCACCAGGACAGAGCUGUUUUUCCGGGGACGCUGGGGUGUGUGGAGUGUGGAGGGCAGUAGGGUGGGUGUACACCCAGCCCUGUGUAAGUGGAGUGGUUUUAGGGGUAGUUGUCACGCUCCCUUGUGCCCUGUUUGCCUACAUGCUCCUCUACUGCCCUCCACUGGACAUAGACCUAUCCUACAGUGCCUUCGAGGUGCAUAGUCACUUCUCUGCCGAGCGCUUUGACGCGCUCACCAUUGCUGUAAAAACUCAGCUGGGGUCCUGGGACAGACGUAGGCGAGACUUAGAUAUUGAGUCUGAGGCCCUGCAGGAACUUCUGCUAGAGAAACUGGGCGGACAGGGAGUAUUCAACAGGACAGAUAAUGAGGAAAUUAGGUCCUCCACCCCUCAAAACGUCCCCUUCCAAACAAGAGAUGAACAUAAAAGGGGAAGUGCAGUGAGCAGAGAUAAAAGGACAGCACCUGAUUUGGGUCAGGAGAAAAUGUUGAAGCACAAGAACUCAGAUCAUAGAGAAAAUGAGGAAGAGCAGCUAUCACGGGAUGGAAAUUCCACUCUGAUGCUCAUUAGGAGGCGCAGGUUUUCUCCCAACUACUACUUGCAGAGCCAGGCUUUGUGGAGGAUUGAGCUUGUGUUUAUUGCUCAAGGGGAGGGUGAUCGCAACAUCUUCACGCCAGAACGUCUGCAAACAAUCCAUCAUGUGGAGCGUUUGCUCAUGCAGCACCCGCAGUUUCAUCAGUUCUGCUGGAAGCCUCUGGAGGUGUUGAGGGAUCUGCCACUGGGACCAUCCUACUGCUCCCCACCCAGCUCACUCUUGUCCUACCUUUACCCCAGUGAGCGAGGAGGGAAAAUCUACUAUGAUGGCAUGGGUCCAGACCUGGCUGAUAUUCAAGGUUCUCUGAGUCUGGCCAUCACCCACCCACAGUUCUACUGGUACGUGGAUGAGAGUCUGUCCCCUGAGUAUCUCUCCUCCUCUCUCUUACGCAGCGAGAUCCACUUUGGAGCUCCUCUCCCAUCCUACUACUCCCUGCAGGACCGAGCUGAUGAGCAGAGAACUAACUUCAAAAAAUUUGUGGUUCAAUAUGCUGAUAUCUUGGCCAAACAAUCUACCAGUCAGGUGAAGGUGCUUUAUGGGGGAACAGAGCUGUUUGAUGAUGAGGUUAGACACACCUUCCACAAUGAUAUGAUGCUGGCUGUCAUCAGCGGAGCCUGUAUUACUGCACUGGUCUACGUCCUUACCUCCUUCUCUGUGUUUCUGACGUUCUUCGGCCUGACUAGCAUUGGACUGAGUUCCUUGAUGGCUCUUUUCUUAUACCAUGUUGUCUUUGGAGUGAGGUACCUGGGCAUUCUCAAUGGAGUGGCAGCAUUUGUAAUUAUCGGUAUCGGGGUGGAUGAUGUAUUUGUGUUCAUCAGCAUCUUCAGACAGGCCUCCCAUCUGCUUCAGCCACAACAGCGUAUGAUCUACACAAUUAAAACAGCUGGCCGAGCCACUUUCCUCACCUCUUUCACUACAGCGGCUGCCUACGCUGCUAACACUUUCUCUCAGAUCCCAGCCGUGCAUGACUUCGGCCUAUUCAUGGCCCUCAUUGUCAGCUGCUGCUGGCUUUGCGUGUCAGCCCUGAUGCCAGCCGCCCUGUGUAUCUGGUCUCAGUGUGUGGAACCUCGCAAAUAUACCUGGUUAAAUCGUUGGAAGUUUUUGGGCCUGUCAACGAGCCACAGCCCUUUGUCAGAUGAAGAUGAUGAUGUGGCGCUUCUGUCAGUGGAGAUGGAGCCAGGCUCUUGUGACACAGACGGUGAUGCAGCCAUUCUGUCCCUGUCAUUGGAGACACCUCUGUCCCCUCCAGGGCAGCAGCAUGUGGGUGUGGUGAGCACAAAUCUCCAGUGGGCCCUGAAGCAUUUAGUGGCAGAGCCAGCUGUGGGGCGAAGAAAGGCUGUCCUAGGUGUCUUCUGCAUGGUUCUGCUGUUAUCCGCCGGAUGCUGCUGUCUCCUGAGGCCAGCCACUCACGCCCCCUUACUUUUCCGCCGGGACACAAACCUCCAGACUCUGCUGGCUCUGAGGAGCAACCUCAGCGGUCAAGGCAUCUCCUGCCCCAUGUGCUCAGGUGUGUUCAUGGAGAAGCCCCAUCCUCUGUACACCCACACUUCUUCAUCAGGGUUCAAGUUUUCUACACAUCAGCAGACCCUGAGCACCACAACCUCCACUUCUCCUCGGAGCUCACUCAAACCAAAUUCAACCAUCAACCAAACAGGCUCUUUGCUUACAGUGUACAUAUCAAAGUUGGACCUUGGAGCCUCGACAACCAUUUACCGCUUCUCCCUUAACACCAGCACUGCCUCCCCAUGGAAGCUGUGCACCUCAGAGCAAGAAGAGGUGUCAUCAUUUCAGGCUUAUAAUCAGCCCCGCAGCAAUUACACCACCAGAAUGACAGUGUGUGUUUCACAUGUGUACCAUCCGUACCCCAGCUGGAUGAUCACAUCCGGCUCAUGUGACCCCCGUCACGGCUGGACGCCAGACUUUUCCUUUUAUGUAGCAUCAUCUCCACAGCAGCACAGCAGGAGACUGUACUUCGCCCAGCGCCGCCUCAGACCUCAUCCCAGUCGAGUGUGUGUCAGCCCCCCUGGUUGUGGCAUCAGCUCUGGGCCUGAUGGUCCCAGGCAGGGAACCUUUUACGCUCCUUUUCCCAGUGAUUCUUCUUCAGCUGCCAAAGGGAAAUCAUCCAAAACUUUCGGCUUCAACCCGUGCAGUGGCGGUGUGUGUGGCCACCCAGCAGUGCGUCCUCUAGUUGACACCGGAGCGAUGGUUUUCGUUGUGUUUGGGAUCUUGGGAGUCAACCGAACUGAGCACAAGGACAACCAUGUUAUUGGAGAUAUGGGCAACAUCAUAUUGGAUCCAGACUUUGAUAUUUUCCAGGAAAUGGGGCAUCUCUGCAAAAUCUGUAAAUCUAUUAGUGCAAACAGUCAACUUGUGAAGCCGGGAGGAGCGCAGUGCCUGCCUUCAGGUAAUAAACUAUCAUCUAUUCUGCCUCUGCUCCAUCCUGAGUGUCACUCUCUCCCUGAACCAAACUUGCUCCCGGGCCAGCUCUCUCAUGGAGCAGUGGGAAUGCACGGAGGAAAGGUCCGCUGGCUGUCCAUGGCCUUUGAAUCUACCACAUACAAGGGCAAAUCCUCCUUUCAGACCUACUCCGACUUCCUUCAGUGGGAGACAUUCAUCCAGGAGCAACUCGCCACCCUCCCACAGUCCUCAGCUUUGCAACGAGGUUUCCAGACCUGCGAGCACUGGAAGCAGAUCUUCAUGGAAAUCAUAGGUGUGGAGAGUGCCCUCUGGAGUCUGCUGCUGUCUCUGGCCAUCUGUGUGGCAGCUGUGUCUGUGUUUACUGCACAUCCUCUUCUGCUACUGCCUGUGCUCAUAACUAUUCUAGGAGUGAUCUGUCUGGUGGUGGCACUCAUGUAUUGGCUCGGCUGGGAGAUGGGAGCUGUGGAGGCAAUUUCUCUUUCUAUUCUAGUGGGAUCUUCGGUGGAUUACUGUCUUCACCUGGUGGAGGGAUACCUGCUGGCUGGGGAGAGCAUGCCAUCUACACCUGGGCGCAGCUCGGAGCCUCCGGCCGAGAGGCAGAGGCGGACCCUGGAGGCAGUGAACCAUGUUGGUGUUGCCAUAGUGUCCAGCGCCGUCACCACGGUGAUCUCCACAGUCCCACUCUUCUUCUGUGUCAUUGUGCCUUUCGCCAAAUUUGGCCAGAUCGUGGCCAUCAACACCGCUGUCUCCAUUUUGUUCACCCUGACAGUGACUGUGGCCAUGCUGGCGUGCAUGGCCCCCGUCAGCUUCAGCAGACCCCCCGGCGCUGUGCUGAAGGCCUGCCUGGUCGUGAUGGCGGCUGCGGCUAUGGGAGCGGCUCUGUGCUGGGUGGGGGGACAGCUGGGAGCGUUGGCCUGGCAGUCGGUCAGCACUUAAACACAGCAGCUGUCAGUUAAUUCACACUGAUGUCAGACAGAGGAUUUCCUCUGUACGCAAAACUACGAGGCACCAAUUGUAAGCACUGUAUUUUCCUUCAUGUUCAGGUUGAGCGUCAGAUCAAUAAAAUGAUCUUGUA